AUGAAUCAACAUCAUACAUCAACGUUUCGUUAUCGUACUGUUCAUCCUUCACUUUUGCCAUCACCUGUUCCUGACAGAACUGUUUCAUCAGAUUGUUCUCAACAAACUAGUAAUUCACAUCAGCAGGCAUCUGUAAUCAACGAUCACCAACAUAUUUAUAAAACUUGUCAUCAUCAUUCUUAUUCUUCUAUUGAUAAGAACCCACAUAGAAAUAAUCAUAAUAGUAAUUUAAUUCAUGUUAAUGAAAUAUCAAAAUCAAUCGAUCAAUGGUAUGACAUCUCGAAAACAACGGAGAAUAAUAUGAUACAAUCUAAAUGA